AAAACACUGUUUGGUGGCUGAUAAGCUGAAUAAGCUGAAGCGAACAGGCCGAAGAAUUCAUGGAGCAAUAGUUGUAAUGCAGGCACUUAUUUGCAAAUUAAUAAAUCUUAUUGCUUGAAAUGCACGGCUAUGCUAUUAUAGGGUGUGUCCUCAACAGCCGCUCCCUAGUUUUCAGUUGCCUUUGGUUGAACAUUUCCAACUUCCUCUCAGACAUGCGCCACAAGAGCAACCACACCAUCAAAGAUCAAAACUUUUUGCUCCUCGGAGAUCAUCGGCGUCCACGAACAGGAGAUGCAAAUUAGUCAGUCCAUGACAUUGUGAGGAUCAUCUGAUCUUUCAAGAACAGUGUCUCGUUCAUCAGGCUUGUUGGAUUUUUCUUGCGGUUUAAUCGGUUCCAUCGGUUUGGAUCCGAUCGGGAGGAACCGAUGGGGCCGCCGCAGAGGCGGCAGCCGGAUCAGGCGCGGCCGGCGGGGAGCGCGUGCGUGUGGGUGGUGGCGGUGGUCCUCCUCCUCGCCGUGCUUGCCGGCGGCGGGUGCCUGGUGCUCUACGUGACGCUGCCCCCGGCCGAGGUGCCGCACUGGCUGCCGGCCGCCGGGCUCGCGCUCGUCGCGUUCCCGUGGGCGUUCUGGAUCGCCACGUGCGCGUACCGGUGCUGCUGCUCGGGUUCGGACGCGGCGGCGCCGCCCGUGGCGAGCAACGUGGAGCGGCCGGCGUCGUCGAGGAAGGCCGUGGCGCCGAUGCCGAGCAGCAAGAGCCUCAAGGGCACCCGCAGCGCGAGGCACGCCGGCGACGGGGCGACGCCGGCCUCGGGGUCCCCCACCGCCAGCAGCGCCGCGCGCCGGGUGCGGUUCGGCGACACCACCGUGCUCGGGGAGGAGCACGCCGCCGCCGCCGCCGCCGCGGGGGACAAGGACGACGGCUCGUCGGUGCACUCCAACGAGAGCGAGGCGCCACUCGCCUACAACAUGCAGCCCUCGUCAUGAUGUCUUCUUCCACAUCACGUAGUGCAGCCGUGCAGGUAAUCAAUCAAACCGCGGAUCAUUUUGUAAUCGAGCAGCAGACGCAAUCUCGAAUAUGAACGAAACAAAUUAAAUCGGUUGCAGUUCUAUUGUAAUAUUAAUCUAGCUAGAUUAGAAUUCAAAAAUGGCUCUGACAGUAAGAUGGAUGUGUCAUU